AUUAAGCCGUUUCCCCCAUUAUAAUUUUCAACAGUCAACAUCAUAGAAAAUGGCUAUUUUAUUGACUGGGGAUUGGAGCCCUUUUGGCAAAGAUGAUUACUACAGAAAAAUUGAGGUCUACAACAUGGAUUGGUCUCCGGAGAUCAACCUGGAAGUGCUUUCUCUCACUUCGUCCUACUACGGCGGCCCCAUCGCUGUGAUAAGAAAUAGGAAAAAAGUGGUGAAAGUGCAAGGUAGCAGCAAGCCCAUCAUCGCGAUAUACAACGCAUCCGGAGUUGAAAUAUCAACGCUUUUGUGGGACAGUGGGUCUAUUAUUGAUUUCGGAUGGUCGUCGAAUUGCAACUUGCUCUGUGUAAGGGAGGAUGGGCAGGUCCUGGUGUACAACAUAUUUUCAAAGCCCCUUUUUAACUUUAGCAUGGGGAAGGAAGCACAGGAUACUAAAGUGAUUGAAGCAAAGUUUUUUAAAACCGUUCUUGGAACAGGAAUUGCUGUUUUAACAUCAGCUUAUAGAAUAUUUCUUGCAAAUUGUGUUAAAAGUGUUAAAGAUGUUAAGGUUCGAUCUGUACCCGAGCCACCAGGUGGUGGUUCAUUUGCUUGGGCUGUAGUCUGCGAAGACAGGCACAGUCGUGUGUUGGCUGGCCAGGGUAGGAUUUUAUAUUCCUUGAGAGAAGGGGAGAGCAAACCUGUUGAAUUAAAAAUAAACAUCGCAGAUGAAAAUUAUGAAAUUAAGGAAAUUGCCGCAAGUUUUGAUUAUUCAAAAUUAGCUGUGAUGACUGACAGAGGAAAGGUGUGGAUAGGAUCUGUAGACGGCUCUGUUUGCUUUAGAAUCUUCGACACGAGCAAUCCCUCAAGACCUUUUCAGCUGCUUUGGUGUGGACAAGAUACAGUUAGUAUCAACUGGGGUAAAACUAUCGAGCUCAUCGGUGUUGACGAAGAGAGCAUACAGUACAUGUACGAUGACACUGUCCUUUGUGUACAGGAGAUGGAUUGUAUCAGGGUGAUUUCAACUUUCACGAUGGAUAUGAUUCAGAAAGUGCCGCCGGAUGUGCGUGACAUAUUCAAGAUCAACAGUUCUUCCCCUGGCUCCUACUUGCUCGAGGCUUCUAAGCAGUAUCAGCGAAAAAGCCACCGUGCCAACGAGUAUCUGCAUUUAGUUAAACCUAAAUUGGACAGGGCUAUUAAACAGUGCAUCGAUGCUGCUGGGCAUGAGUUCAAUUCUGAAACCCAAAAAAUGUUAAUGCGAGCAGCACAGUUUGGAAAAAUCUAUAUGGAUGGAUAUAAUCCUACUGAAUAUGUUACCAUGAUUCGAGUCCUGAGGUGUUUAAAUGCAGUGAGAAAUUCAAAAGUUGGAAUUCCAUUGACUCUCACACAACUGACCACACUUGGAUUUGUCGGUCUUAUGGAACUUCUCAUGCUAAGGAGGCACCAUUUCUUAGCAUUGGACUUGGCAAAAUUCCUUCAGAUGCCAGAUUCAAGCAAAAUCCAGCUCCACUGGGCAUCGUACAAGGUUGAACAUUGUAAAAUUGGCGCUAAUGCCGAAUUGGUGGCUCGAGAUAUCGCAGCCAAGUUGGGCAAUGCAAAAGAUAUUUCGUACAAAGAUAUCGCAAAUAAAGCGUUAGAAUGUGGGAAAACUGAUUUAGCUAUUAAGUUGAUAGAUUAUGAACCAAGGGCGAGAUUGCAAAUCCCGGUGCUUUUGAAGCUCAAUGAUCCUGAAGAUACGACCGCACUGAAAAAAGCGAUAGAGAGUGGAAAUACAGAUUUAGUCAAUCAGGUUCUAUACCACAUGAACAAAAAUAUGGGAAAAGACAAAUUUCAGGUAGUUUCUUUCGUCUUUUUAUCUUACAAUUAAAUAAAAUAAACGUUAUUUAAUUUUCAGAUGAAGAUUAGAGAUUUCCAAUUGGCACAAGCCCUUUACUUAAAAUUUUGUCGUGAACAUAACAAAGGUGUUUUAAGAGACGUUUAUACACAAGAAGACAACCACAAGUGCCUGGCAGAAUUUUACAUCAGAGAAAGCUAUGAUCCUAAGGAAAUCAAGAUGAAGGGAGCUUCGUUAGUCGCAGCCAAAGAAUUUUACAAGAAAGCCAAAAUGGAAGCAAACGCCGCCCUUGUUGAAGACGAAUUAAAACUCGCAAAACACCAACACAAUUUUGAGAACAAAUUUAGAAAAAGUUUUCUAGGAAAGUCGCUACACGACACAGUCAAAGCGCUCCUCAUGAUCGAUCAGACCAACUUAGCAAACAAAUUGCGUGUCGAAUAUAAAGUUUCCGAUCGAAGAUAUUGGUUGCUACGUGUCGAAGUACUUGGAACUUUGAACAACUGGACUGAACUUGAUGUUUUUGCAAAGCACAAAAAAUCGCCCAUAGGAUAUGAACCUUUCUUCGAUGUUUGCGUGAAAUAUGGCCAACUAAAUGAAGCAAAAAAAUAUCUUCCUCGUGUUCAAGAGGACCACCUUGCAAAAUGUCACUUCAAACUCGAAAUGUACAGCGAAGCUGCUGAAAUGGCGUUCAAUCACCAUGAUAUCGCUUUGCUGAAGCAGAUACAGACAAGGUGUGAUUCAGAUUUGAAAGAAAGGAUCAAUUUUCGGCUUAAGAAUAUGAAAUGAAUUUUAAAGGGUAAAAAUUUAAGUAUAUAUAUUUUGAAAAAUCAUGUAUAUGUAAAAAAUUACUUUAACCAUUAUUUAUUUUUCAUUUUUUUAAUUAUUUUUUUUUUUUUUAUUAAGCUGUGAUUGUCAAUAUGCCUGUAUAAAUUAUGCUGUUUAUUAUUUUUUAAUCUU